AUGUGCAGAAGCAAAACAUUCCAGCUAGCGGAAUUGGAUGAUGAAACUCCUGCCGACGAUACAGAAAAUUUGAAUAAAGUUGAGCUGGUAAAUUAUUUUAAAAGUAGUGGAAGAAAAUUUGUGACAACUUCUAUAGAAGGCAAGUUUGUGAGGAUGGAAUUGGAUACUGGGUCGCCUUGUUCUAUAAUCAGCAACAGUAAUAUGCAUUUAAUCAAGGACCGUUUUAAACUUCUGCCAACAAAAAGACAAUUUACUAGCUACUCUGGCCAUCAAAUAAAUUGUAUAGGUCGCCUGCCUGUCACCGUUGAGCUUGGAAGCAAGGUUUGUAGAUUGAAUUUAUACGUGGUUGAUGGCAAGGUUGACACACUAAUGGGAAGAGAGUGGAUCGAGCAGUUUGUGGACCAAAUAAAUUUUGUACAACUUUUCAAAUCUUCAAGCAAGGUCAAUAGUAUCACUACAGCGACACCAGAAUUGCCACACAGUGAGCAAGCUCUUCUCAAGCAAUUACUUGACAAAUUCGACGGUGUAUUUUCUGACGUUGCAGGGAAGUUAAUAGGACCGCCAGCAAAAGUUCAUUUGAAACCAGAUGCAAAACCGGUUUUUCUAAAAGCACGAGAUAUACCGAUAGCGUUACGUGAAGAAUAUAUCAAUAAAAUUGAUUCAAAAAUUGCAUCUGGGUCGUAUGAACGAGUGGAAUACUCAGAGCCAAGGAGGGCAGUUUAUGGUGCCGCAAAUAUACCAGCCAUCUGGCAGAGACGCAUGGAGGCAGUACUGAGAGAUACUCCCAAUGUGUUAAGUUUUUUCGACGACAUCUUAGUAUAUGCCGAUUCAUUUAAUACAAUGAUUUCGAGUCUUGAGGCAAUAUUAAAUAAAAUUAAACAACAUGGCCUUCAUUUAAAUCGCAAAAAGAGUUUAUCUUCACUGUGCAUUAGCCGCAUGGCUAACUAUGCCGACUUCCUCAGUAACUUUAAUUACAAUAUAAUCUGCAAACCAACGAAGGCCAAUGCAAAUGCUGACUACUGCUCGAGAAUAAUGCAGACCACCAACAUUUUACAGGUAAAUAUGAAUCUGGUGGCGAUAGAUUCUUCGAUGGAUCCUGGGGAUGAAUUCGACGAAUUUGUUAUCCGGCAGAUUAAGCAGUUGCCAAUUAAAGCAUCUCAUAUUGCCCUGGAAACUAAAAAAGACCCACAUUUAGGGAAAAUUGUCCAACUUCUGGAGUCGGACCACUGCCUGAGAAGAGCAGGAUACGCAGCGCCUGAAGAAAAUUAUCAGCUGUCAUCAGGUUGUUUCACGUUUGAACACAGGGUAGUGGUUCCAUCGGUACUUCGAGAAAAGAUACUCAAGGAUCUCCAUGCAGCACACCUGGGUAUAGAGAAAAUUAAAGGAAUGGCACGAUCCUUUGUUUAUUGGCCGUUAAUUGACAGAGAUAUCGAAAAGGUUGCGAAGGCAUGUAAUGCGUGUGCCAUGAUAGCUAACAAACCAACCAAAUUCGGAGAGCACCAUUGGGAAUACCCAAGUGGACCAUGGCAACGGAUUCAUAUCGAUUACGCUGGACCGUUCCUGGAUUCUAUGUUUUUAAUUGUAACGGAUGCAUUUAGUAAAUGGAUGGAAGUCAAAAUGACUUCAACAGCUACGUCUUCUGCAACAAUUUCAAUACUGGAUGAAAUGUUUUCUACAUAUGGUGUUCCCAAGACCGUGGUAUCGGACAAUGCGACGAACUUUUCAUCGGAAGAAUUUAGGCAAUUUCUGAAAAAUAGUGGCGUUGUAUACCAUAAACAGUCUGCUCCAUAUCAUCCAGCGACCAACGGCCAGGUUGAAAGAUGUGUACAAACAAUAAAAAAUGCGUUAAAGGCGAUGGAAACAACGAAAGCAACAAUACAAGUCAACUUGAAUAAAUUCCUGCAGCAAUAUAGAAAUGCGUCCCAUGCUACAACGGGACAACCGCCCUCAAUGCUAUUUUUCGGCCGAAUGCUACGUUCCCGCUUUGAUUUACUUCGUCCCGAUGAUACCAAAGAAAAAGUAACACAAAAACAAUUUAUGAAUUACAGUCGCAAUUUUCGUACAUUUCGGGAAAACGAUCGUAUUUAUUUCUUGUCCGGAGAAUCUGGCAGAAAUGAGGAUAGUUCGGAUAGUCAACAGACGAAUGAACAAUUAAUCGAAGUAGAUCAGGAAAUAUCCGAAGUCGAAAAUAGUACUCCUACCGGCCCGAAUACCCACUCCAGGCAGACGUUCAACCAGACAGAGAAAGCCUCGCGUGUUAUUCUCCCCCUAAGGUGGUGA